AUGCGCCCAGCUCUGCUGCGGCUUUUGAAGAGGCCGUCAGCUAUUUCCCUUCUUGCUGAAUUGGUUUCGACAUCAGGUAUCGAGCGACUCCCGACGUCCGGAAAAUGCCUCAUCUGUCAGACACGACGAGCACAUGCACAGCCGCUUCUCCUACACCACAACAUUCCCAUAAUCGUUCAGACAGAUUCGCCGCAGAAACUACAGGUUCACGAAAUUACUCCCACAGGGAACGAUGAAAUAGUAGAUGGGCGAAUUAAUGUUCAAGGCACGCAAAAAGGUGAUCUGCCACUGUCGCUGGAUGUGGAUCGACUCGAAUACGAAUCCGCUCUCGACAGAGACGAGAUCAAUGAUAGAAAACGUCUUGUGGAUGACCCGCAAAAGAAACAUGAUUUCAAGCUAUGGAAGGAAUUGCUGCAAUAUAGAAAGCGCCGCUAUGGGAAACAAGGUGUAGCUGAAAUAUGGAAGGGUCUCGCGAGCAGAAGAGGCCAUAUCCAGCUGCCGAUGGAUGGGAAACUGGCAGAUUAUUUCUGGGAGACUUUUGUAGACGCAGGUUUGGAAGACGAACAACUUCUGUGCGGAAUAGCGGAAUACGCCGAGCAUAUUUGGUCAACAACAGAAACCCGCUGGACGGGGUUCUAUGAAGCUGUGGUUGGUGGAUUUUUCGCCAUGGGCCUACCAGAGCAAGCUGUUUAUUGGCAUCGAAAAUUACAACCCUUACAUUUAGGAGAACCGAAUGAUAUUGCUCUUAUCAUAGACCAGGCUGUCUCAUGUGUUCCUCAGAAACCGCCGGACUGGUCUUUAUUCUCGCGCGAAGCGGUGAUGCUUGGAUUCCGGCCGGGCUUGAGAGCGUUUGGGGAGAUAUGCCUUGCAACCGAGGGUCAUCAAAUUUACGAGACUAUCAUUCCUUUCUUACUUCGACGAGGACAUUCCUUGGACGCCAUGUAUAUGCAUGAAUUUUUGGUAAAAAGAGGGGACAUGCCAUGUGAUGUGGAUGCUGUGGGACAGCUUCUAGAGUUCGCAGAGAUAGACAGCCACACCUUUUCAAGAAAAGUGAGGGAAAGGAUUCGGAAAGUCAAACCAAGCCUCAUUUCUCUGCAUGCUACUUUGGCUACACAUGGUGAAAGCGAAAGUUCUACUGGUACUCGAGAUAAACCAGAGGCAACCAAGGACAGCCCACCACCAAAGAAUGGGGAGGACGAUGAUGAUGACUGGAUGAGAGAAAGGACCUUCAAAGAUGAAUUUGGCGCGCGUCUAUUCGCUACGAAGGCGCUGACAGUAGACAUGAUUACAAAUGGCCUGCAGAUGUUCGGUGUUCAGGCCAUUGGACCGCUGUCUUUGAGAGAAAUUGCGCUGCGAGCCGAUGGACCGAAGGACAUACUGGAAAAAAUGCAAGCACUCCGCAAGGCAGAUAUAACUAUCCGUGAUUGUGCGUUCACAAGACUAGUUGAGAGACUGGCAGUGGAACACAAGGAUAUUGUGCUAGAAGAUCUUCUUCACAGCGAUCAGCAUCCAGAUGUUCUAGAAGAUGCGGUUGUACAAGAGAAUUUCCUAUGCUCCUAUCUGAUGGCUCGAGACUGGAGGCUCUACAACCUGACGAAAGCUAUUUUGAGUGAAGUGGCAAAGGAUGACUUGGAUAACAUACAGUUUCGAGUAUCGUUAGCAGCAAGGAAAUGGUCGACAGCAUCAGAUAUUGUGGAUAGAAUGUAUCUCGACGGCAAAGUGCUCUCGGAGCAGAGUAUCAAUCACAUGAUCAACAGUGUCCUCACGCCGAGACUGCCUGGCCGAGAUCCGCCGUAUCCCCAAGGUCCCGACCGAAACGAAGUGGACUAUGCUCUGCGCAUUCUAAAGCUAGCCUUUAGAUUUCAAAGUGACAUCAGUCCUCAAUACUGGGUCGAACUACUCCAACGUUUAGGGAAGCACAGGCACGACCAAUGGGAGCGGCUCCGCGGGCUGUGUCUGUGGCUUGCACAAAACUAUGUGGCGCAGAACGACUCUCCCUUGCUGCACAGCCUGUCAAGAUCAACUGGUGUUGAUCCCGAGACUCUACUGGCUAAAAAUCGGGCUGAGCUACGGCAUAUCUUCAAUCCUCGAUUACAGAUGGCCUUGGUUACUUGGGGGUUCAAAUUGUCACUAUGGGCAGAAGAACAACACGAGAUGCCUAUCAGCGACAACAAAAACAACAACCAAAGGCACGAUGGUACGGUGAUCCGUUGGCUUCGAGGACUCGUUCUGCUGCGCGAGCUAGAAGCGAUGGGAGUCACCAUAUACCCUAGCUUUGUACGGCAAGCGUGUCGGGAGAGGUUACAAGUGCUGUACGGAGAGCUCGAAUCCGCGCGCAAAUGGAACCGGUCCCUGCGCCAGAAGAAUCCUUUCAAGCUGUCCCAUGUUCUCAAUGACAUGCUCAAAAUUUACCCAGGGCUGUUCACCGAAGAGGAAAGACUGGAUCUGCACAAGCUGAUUGAUCGACCGCUUUCGAGCAUGGCGGCUCGAAGAAUGCAGCAGCAAGAGGAAUGGCAGCAGCAAUGGCCUCGCUGA